AGAGAACAAGUGAGAGAGAGAGAGCAAAACCGAUCUCUCUCCCACACACACGCGCACAGAGACAGAUCUCGUUCUCCUGCAGUACAGUGCUGGUGGCUCUUCUGGAUUUGUUUUCUUCUUCUCCUCGGGGAGAAAGGGUUAUUUGCUGCCAAAGUCCGGUGCACCUGGUGGGCAUUCCUCUGGAAGUCAGACACCAUGUGAGCAGUGGCCCGUGACGACAUUAGAGGGGCAGAAUGCUGCUUCUGUACAGGACUCUUGUGGUCUUCUCUCUCUUCAGCUCAGUCAAUGGGUUUUUCAGUGGGAAUGGGCCAAAACCAACAGCCCAAACCAAGGCAGACUCCAAAGGUUGGGGGCUGCCCUACUUGCCAAACUGGAAACCUCCAUCACUUGGUUUGGGAUCAUUCAAUAUUUUCAACAGGGAUAGAGAGUCUGCGGGAACAAAGUUGAGCUUGACCCUUCCAGAAGCAACUACACAAGACUAUACUCUAUCUUCAGAGGACUUAACCACCCUAAAAUACCAGCCGACUGCAACCACAAUAGAGGAGCUUCAAAGCAGCACUGUCCAGAUAGGCACCCUGCUGCCUUUAAAAUCAGUGAAACUGCCAACAGAUCACUUACUCAGGAACAAACCGCAAUUACAAAGCUCUGAGCCACCUCCUUCCAUCCUCGAUCAUAGCUAUGAUCUUGAUCUCUGGCCUCCGAAUAAUGGCCAAAGCACAUCGAAAACACCACAAACAACAUCUCCUCAGAUUACUAGACCAGAAACACAAACAUACACUCUAUCCACUGCUCAGAGUACCAGCAUCACUCAGAAUGGUACAUUGAGAAUGGUUACGGAAACCAUGAACUCUUACACUGACCAAAUCAAACCCACAGACACGCCAUCAACAACAUCAGAACUAACAGAGAUUUCAUUUCAAACCACACAUUUCGUAACACUAGCAGAUCCCAAGCCGGAAGUAUCUACUGAUCAUCUGACCACUGUCACCUCUAGACAAAAUACACUGGAGACAACAAAUACAGCCUCAAAACCAGAAUGGACAACUUUUGAGCCAACUGAGAAGACUCUGGAUGGAUUUACAUGGGUAGAGCAGACCACAAGUUCAACAGAAAUGGGAAAUGUACAAGGUUUUGGCCCAGAUUCCACUCCCACCAUGCCAGCAGGAGGCUUUGCAUGGGAGGAAGGCGAUAAGGACACUGCGAAGAAUGCUGAUCUGACAACACAAAAGCGACACUAUGAACUGACAACAUCAGCUAGCUCCACGACUCUCAGGAACACAGAAAUGCCCUCCACCGUGUCUGAGGACUGGCCGACAGACUUUACCCAAGAAUCUGCCCUCCCCGACUGCAACGCAGAACGUUCUGGAAUUUGCAGUUCUAGUGACACUUGGCCCACCACUGUCCUGAGCAACAGCAGCAAAAAUGACAGCACAACCACGGUCUCCACCAACCUCUCUCAGAGCCCUAUACUGUUUCCAGCCCCACCUAUGUUUGUGGCACUGUAUUCAGAUUGGAACAGUGCCCUGGCAACAUGGGGUUCAGCGUGGGAAGCCCACAUCUACGGCCUGGGCACAGUGUUCUGUCUAGUUGCUUUGGCCUCCACCCUGAACCUUUUGUGCCUGCCACUUCAGUACCCAUCAGGCUGUGGCUACUUUGCUCUGGUCAGUUUUUGCCUAGUUGCAGCUGGCUGCACUAGGGCCUUCGCCCUAGUGUAUGAUGCAUAUGGAUACCAAGACCGUAUGGCAUCCACAGAGGCCUCGUUGUUACUUUACGAGGCUCCAUUCCCCUGUAUGACUGCUGCCUUUGGCUUAGUGUUCCUCCUCCUAUCAAUGCGCUCCCGCAUGCAGCUAUCUUAUUCCGUCUUUCAGAGACCUUGUAUCCUGGCCGGCUUGGUGCUUCUGCACUUUGCUGCUGCCUUUGGCCCCGUUGCAUUACUGCAUGUUGACCAGCGAGUCUACCUGUUUCUGUCCUUGAUCUCUAGAGGUGCCUUUGUGGCUCUGGCAACCUUCCUAUCAGCUGCAUAUUUUGUGUUCUACUGCUAUGUUCGUGCUGACUCCAAGCAUAUUUAUCAUCUGAACAACACAUCACCCACACCAGCUGAACGCUACAACCGCUGCCCAUUUGCAGAGAGCCGAGAUUGGGACAGAGCUGCAGCCGCAGUGCUACUCUCUGCCAUCUUCUCUCUGGCCUGUGCUGGGCUGCAGCUCUACGCCAUGCUACAUGCUCUUGGCAUGGCUGGGAGUGUUGAGUCAUUCAGGCCUUGGCCAUGGUGGACUUUCCAGUUCAGCUGCAGAGUUUGUGAAGCAGUGGUUUGUCUCACACUGGUUCUGGUAGUUGCUCAACCAGUCUACUGUUCUGAUCACCUUCCCCAGGCAGGUAGUUGCUGGACAGAACUCCUUGCAGCAAAGUCACCUAUUAUUCCUGGAAGCUAUCAGUGGACUCUAUCCCAUCAAGAGAAGCUGGCUAUCUGUGAUCCAAUUGGGCAUGGAGAGACAGAGUGCCUACCAUUGUACACACUUGUGGAUGACCGUCUCGGCAGCUUAAAUGGUCUUGACCUUUUGUACCACAGCAACCGUGCACUGGCUUACCGUGACCUUGACCUGGACUUGCCGAACACUCAUCCAAACACUGGUGCCCCUUCUAUGGGUUCAUCCUGUACAAGUGACUCCACAGCAGACCUGCGUCCUCCAUCACCCAUAAAUCUGCGUCGAAGCAUUGAUGAGGCACUUUUUAGUGAGUCUCUAUUUCCCAUGAGCAUCUUCAGCCCCUUACGACCCUUCACCUCAAGUGACCGCUCCCUGAAUGGUAGAGAAACCAUCUCCAGUGGUGCCCAAACAGCGAGAGGCACCCUUAUUCCUGAUCCAGGGUUUUACAGAACAUCAUCAUGUGUUGAAGUGCUACCGCAGGCUCCCAUUCCCCCUCAAACGCAAAUGAAUGGUCCGUCGUUGGGUUUUCCUCCAUCCCCAUCUCCCUCACUCUCAACUUCCACUUGCUGCUCAUCUCCAGAGCGCUGGAGAGGCAGCUCCAGUUCCUCUUCCCUCUACAGACAGUCUCUGGGUGGUUCUUCUCUAGUUCUGUGCUCUACUCCAGAAGGACACCAUCCUCCAUCCUCUACCCUCAGUGGAGGUUCCAACCACACUGCCAGCUCUGGGCACCAACAAGGAAACAUACAGAGACCCUACAGAACAUUAAAGUCAGAGGACAGUCUGGACCAGCAGUCGGAGUUUGAUCAGUCCGUCCAAGAAGAGUUUAUCAGUGUGUGCAGACAGAUAGAUGCUCUUAGCAUCUGCAGCGAGACUAUUGACCUCUAGGGGAGUUCUCAACUUUAAGACAGAAGAAUGAUGUAAUAUGAUAAAGCCAAAAGACUCGGGGUGCUUCUCAAAUCAUCACUAGGAUUCCUACUCCAGUCCUUCUAAGGCUUAAAUGGUAGAGUCCAUCUAAGCAUAGGACUUAGUACCAGAAUGGCAACUGUUACUGUAAGGUCUAGUAAGUGCAAAUUGCUGUCAUACAUUUAUCCACCCUUGCAGUCACGGUGCAGAAAUACUAUUAAAUCCUAAUCUAAGGGCGUGUGUCCACCAAAGCACUAAAAACGCUUAGAUGUGAGUUCUUCUUCGACUGUCUGAGUUCCUUAGGCUACGUUCGCACUGCUGGCAAAUGUGGCCCGAAUUUGAUUUUUCCCCCUCAUGUGACGGUGUGAUGACAGUGUGACCAGCCCAAAACGCAUGGAAUCUGAUCUUUUCAGAUGUUGCGAAUAGGGGAUCCGUGUGCAAAGGAGGGGGAACUUUCUCUCAGAGAGAAAAAAGGCAGCUGCUCGAGCACCCAAACCCCCGUUCUGCACGUGUCUGCUGUUUAUAACGAAGUAAAAUGAAAUAACUCUGCAAACGGAGAUAAACCAACUCCGCCUUCACAGUUCAGUCUGCGGCUGCUCAUUAACCCUUGAUGAGUUCACUACACCCCUGGUCAGAGCGCCAUGCGCCGCGCUUGUCAUAAAUCACAAAUAAUCUGUGACUCAGAGACUUAUUUUAGGUCUCAAAUGCCAAAAUACACAUUAGUAGUAGCAGAACAACCCUUACAGUUCAUGAAAUACACCACGGUUGUCUGUGAAAAGAGUAAUAAUUAUAAGCAUGAUCUGAUAACGUGCUUACUUCACACAGUAUACACAAAAAAACACUGCAAAACUGAUAUUGGCCACAUGAUUAACAGCAGUGUGAACAGCCAUGCAAAAAAGUCAGAUCUGAGAAAAAAUCUGAUUUGAGCACUAAGCCUGGCAGUGUGAACGUAGCCUUAGACAACAACCGAAAAAAAUGCUCAGCUGGAGAAAAAUCUCUUCAGUAGACAUGCACCCUAGAGGUGAUGAUACAUGGUGCAACUUUUGAGCAACGUUGCCAGGCAAAGUGAUAUUGCUUGGAUACUUAACUUUAAGGAAUAGGCAAGAAAUUUGUAUCAGAAUCUAGUUGCUGCCCCAUGUCACACUUGGUUGCCCAUUGAUGGUAUCAUUGCCCAAAGUUCCCCCAUGUAUCAUCACCUUAAGGAUUACUUUAUAAAAGAAAUCUUUAUAUACACUAGUUUUCUGUCAAUGCAGUACAAGUAAUGACAACUGUCUGUAUUCUCUCGGUAUGCGAUGCAUUUACAACAUUAAUUUUCAUCUCCAAAUAUUUUUUGUUGUUGUUUUGCAUUAUAUAAUGGAAUUUAAUUAGCACAGAGCUCAGCUCAUUUUCAGCUAAGUGUUUGUGAAUUGAAUGCCUGUAAUAGAUUAAGGGUAAAUGAAGGAUGCAAUGGAUAACACCAGAUGUACCCUUCAAAAUAGGACAUGAAGCAAAGACUGCCUACUAAGCAUCCUUAAAAUUGAGAUGUCCUUCAGCGGAGCUCGAUGGCAUGGCAGGGUAGAUAUGCAGCCUUACUAGGACACAUCCUUCCGAUUGAGAAGCACCCAUGCAGUGAUGUGAUAAGCAGGAAAGGGGCAAAUCAGGUGACUUGGUGAGUGCAUUAACCAAGCUGUCAGAUGUGUGUUGGACUAGAACUGUGCCAAAUGUUUCAUUUUCAGGAUGUUUUUGGUAUGUUCCUGUCAGGUAAGUUCUCCAAAGAGAUGGAUUCUGAAGUCAAUAUCCUUAUAAAGGUUUAUGAAGUGCCACCACUUGCCAGAAGCUUAGGCAGAUUUUUGUACAAAAGUCCUUUGAUUAUUGAUAAAUUUGUAAGUGUAAAACAUUCGUUUCAAAAUUUCUCUACACUACUAAGAGUGACGUUUGUAUCAAUUUGUACAAAAUAGCUUUUUGGUUUAUAUGAUUAAUACUGUGAGAGUGCAAACUACUGAUAUCCAUAUUGUAAAACAAAUACUACAGAUUCUAGCUUCAGAAAAUGCUAUCAAUACUGUAUCUAAUUUUGUAAUCUGCAUCAUUUUAGAAACAGUCUUUGUGCUUCUAGUGUUUAGUCGCACUGGUAACUGCAAGUCACUGUUUAUUCGUUUGUUUGCAAUAAUGCAUUAUGACGUUGAAGGGCCUAAAAAGUUUUAGCAAAUAUGAGGGAGAAAACGUCUCUGUAGUUCAGUCGUUUUGUAGCACUUAACGAACUGAAAUACAGAGUACAGACUGCCAUUUUAUCUUCCUCAUACUGUAUAUUUGAUGACAAUAAUUUAUCAAAUACUCAUUACACUGUUACUCAAUACAUAUUAUGACUUUGUACAUUUUAUAGCGUGCAUGAAAACCAUGUGAGAACUGCUGAUACAUCUAAUGUCUGUUGUUUAAAGGCUGUUGGAGAUUUUCAAUAAAUAUUCAAAACUGA